AUGAAUGGAAACAGGUGUUCAGCAAACAUGGUUGCACAUCUUACACCCUCUAUCAAGCAUUUACUGACACUGCGCAACCCCAAAGUUUUACCGAGUCCUUCACUUUCCAAGCUCAGUAACGUCUUUACCAGCACGUUCGCCGAUGCACAAGCAAAGAAAGCAGAGACUGGUUGGCUAGUUUUGACCACUUGCUCGCUUUUGACGCUCAAUCGACCAUCUGCUGUUGGGCACCUUUAUCGCUUUGUUACGCGGUCGUCUUUGCACGACAAUGUUAGCCCAAGAUCGGUGGACCUGCCCAGCGCCUUGAACAAGGCUGCAAUCAUGCGGGAGUCUGCUUUAAAAAGCGUCAUUUUCGUUGGCGUUCCUCGAGUUAUACUUACCCUCGCUGCUCUGCACGAGGCCCUCGACGAAGACGUCAAGAGCAUCUUGAGGACCAAUUCUCGAAGGAGCGCAACCCCAAACACUAUCGAAUCGAUUGUGACCCGGGGAAGAGCCCUCUGGGAUUCAAUUUACGCGCCUCAUGCAGAUAAACUCCACGACAAACUAGGGUCAUACCAUCCAGAUUUCAUUUCGUUUAUAAUCCAGUGCUAUGGGUCGGUGCUUUCCCCUCUGCCGGGAGGCGUCAAGACGUAUGAAGACACGAGCAGCCCAGAUGAUCUCGAUCAGGGAAACCUUAGUCGAGCUCUAGGUUCCGUCGUAGGUAUCGCGACCCUUCGUGCCGAAGGAGGGGUCGGGCCACAAUUGACGAGCCAUACGUUUGGGCUUCUCAAAGCUCGCAGCUGUGAAAAUCAGAACGAGGAAGACAAGUGGUUGUCCAGUGACGAAGGAACAGAGUGGGUCCUUCGCACCGUGGACCAUAUUCUCGAUGGAAUAGCAUCAGAUGGACCAGAGUGUGUCAGAGUGAAAUUGUAG